UUAUUUCAUUUUGUUGCAGAAAAUACAAAACUCUGAAAUGCUAAAAUCUAAAAUUUUUUGAUCAAGCUAUAUUGUUAUCGAAAACGAAUGUAACUGUUAGACAAGAAACAACUUUUCCAAUAACACGGAUUUGAAUACAAAAGAAUCAAUGGGGAUGUUCGGUAUUAUCAGUGUAAUGAUCCUUUUGACGGGAAAUGCAUUAGGAGAAGAAGAACUCAGUCGCUAUCAGUCAGAAAAAUCUUUUUUCAAACCGCGAUUUGAUUGGUCUGGAGUAUCAGGAAAUCAAGCGAACGAACCACCUCCUGAACAACCGACACUUGUACAAGAAAGAUCGACGACGAGAGUACUUCAUUAUAGCGAUGUCAGCGUCAAUUCAAGGCAAACCUGCCAGUGCAAUUGGAAGGGAGAAUGGGGCGAUUGGUCUGCUUGUACGGCUAGAAUGGGAAAGUGCUACAUGGCGACUCAAAUGCGCAUAAGGAGAUGUCAGCGCGACUGCGUUCGUAUCCAAGUCAGAUCGUGCUUGGAUAAAUCUUCAUGUACGGGAUCGUGGAGUGAAUGGAUAAAUCAAACUUGUACGAAUCAAGUGAAAAAGUCAAUCAGAUUUUGCAAAUCGAAUACUGGGGAAAUUGGCCCAUUUUGCGCUUCUUCAAACGGACGUGCAUCUCAGGAAAAGCAGAUUCCAUGCGAACAGAAUGCAAACAAGAUACCCCCACCAGGACUUCAGCGAACAUCAUCAGGAAGGUCAGAUGUAAGAGAGGAAAAACAUUGGACAUUAUCAAACAAGACCAACUUUAUUGUCAUCAUACUUGCUGUAUUGGCGGGACUUCUCCUCGUAGCACUAAUAUUCGUUUCUGCAAUGUUAGCAAAAGGAAAAAGACAGAAAACUGGAAGAAAUAGAAGCAUAACGCGUGACUUUCGAAGUGUAAGCGAAUCAAACAUGUCCGCUACCAGUUAUCUGUCGGGUAUGGAACGAGAAUCAAGAGCCAGUGGAAGGGUAUCCAUAUACCAGCAAAACAUAAAAGGGAGUCAACGAAAGAGGUCAUUGAUGUUGCCAAUCAAUUAUACAUUUGUUUCAACGACGGAAGCAGCCAACAACAGUAUAAUUGUUAAAGCACCACUCCAACAUAACGAUAGCCUAAUGUUGACUCGAAAGCAAAUCAGUAAACGAGAAAGUAGAGGGUCAGUUAGAUCCAUUAAUAAAUUAAUCAAAGAACAACAACGAAGCCUCAGAUACGAUCACGUGACAUUGUCGGCAGACGAAUCGGAUGGUUCGAGAUCGUUCUUAGUUGGUUCAAGCGAAAAUAUAGCCCUGGAAUUGACGGGAAAAGAAAAACGGAAUACCCUUCAGAGAAGAGCCACUGACGGAUCCUAUGAUACUCAUGAACGACGAAAGAACAAGAGGUAUAUGUCAGACUGUUCACAACGUAAUGCAAGUAUAUCUCACGAACAGGAAAAGUCCAAAAUCAAUGCUGGCAAUGACAAGGAACCAAAAGAACCCGCAAAAACUCACGAUUCUGAUAGCGAUACCAAUAGCAUGGAUAGUGGUUUCCACAGAUUAACGAAGAAGCGUUUGAGUGUUGAUGAUAUUUGUCGAAUUUUUGAAAGUAAAAGUGUGGAGCAAAGUCCGGUGAAAAAUGCAUCAAAACCAGCAAAUGGUAUUCCACAUAAUACAGGAGUUGGAGAAAAUAUAAACCUCUUUGAAAAAGAGACAAACAAAAAACAAAACGAUGACAAACCGGAAAAUAUUAUCGAAACAAUCAAAAAGAAAAUAUCGUCAUCUAACAUGGGUACACAAUCGCUGAAACAAAAUGUAUCGCCGCCUCAUGCAACCGAUGAAACCAAAAAGUCUUCCACUUUGUCGUAUGAUCUAAGUACAGACAAUAACGGAACUGAAGAUAUAAUCACAGUCAAUGAACGAACACAAUCUGCGUCAUCGGAUCACAAUUUGGAAACCAAUACACAAGGCAAAAACGACUCUGUUGUAUAUAAUAGCGGUAUCAAACAAGAAAAACGAACUUUUCUUUUCUCCUCGCAAGCUUAUAGUUCUUUGCAAAGGUCUCAUGAUAAUAGAUAUGAAACUGUUCAUCCAACACAAAACGGAUUCAAAAUGAAUAUCGAUGCGUUAAUGAAGAAAACAGACAAGAAAAAUCAGCAAGAAUUAAACAAGCCAACCAAAGACUUCAAAGAUCACACCUACAGCAAUGGGAAUUUUCGACGAAACAGUUUUCACGACAUUACAGGUAACAAAAUAUUAAUUCCUCCAAGACUGGGACAAAGUUCUUAUGAUUCUGACACGUAUGCUGAUGUUUGGGAUGCGAAGGUGAAAGAAGACAAUGGUAAAUCAACUGAUAGCAUUUACGCUGAUGUGUGGGAUUCAGACAACACAGUUUUAAGGCAGUCGUAUUGUGAAGAUGACGACGGUGAUUACUCAGAGGUUUAUGAUUCUGUUGAUUUACCUAACAGUAGUUCUAAACCCCGACGAUUCGCAGUUAAAAGCCGAUCUAAACCUUCAAAGAAUGCAGCAUCAAAACUAGCAACCACAGUUUCCAAAAAUGAAGAAUCCGGGCCUAAAUUAUGGCCUACUGGACAAAGAUUAAGAACCAAAACAUACAGCCCACCGAAGGAAGAGACAAGAGUAAACGGGGCGGAGAAAGGCUCAAUGUCGUGUGGGUCGUCGCCUGUACGUCCACCUCUUCCAAUUCAUCGACCAGGACGACUUCUUUCUCGUGAAUCAUCCACAGGAUCGGACGGUUCAGCACCACAAGAUAAGUUUGGAAGAUCGCAUAAUAAAUUUCAUGUAAGCCAUUCUUAUUCUGCAUUAGCAGAUUUAGACAAUCCAAGUGAGCCUAUUUAUUGUGCCAUAUAAUAAUUCAUUGCAACUAUGAUAUCUAUGACUCCACCAAAAGGCUAACUGGUUUUCAACUGACGUUGAUUUUUUUGAAUGGCACCUCUAUCUAUCAGUUGAAAUAUCGUAAACAGUCCUAUGAUUGAAUAUUAUGCUAAACAUAAAAUGUAUUGCAAUUCAAAUUUAGUACAUUUUACAGUAUACAUGCCAACAUAGCUACAAUUAUAAAUGAAUGAACAGUAGCAAGAACAUGAUAUAUAUAUACUGUGACUUCAAUACUUAGGCCAUGAAAAUUGUUAUGUUGAUGAAACAGCGUUCAAAAUUAUCUUCAAAAAUUGUCUCUAAUUAUGACAGGUUGGAAAUUGAUACACAUUUUUCGUACAUGAAAUUUUAUUAUAUUUAAAAAAAUAUGUAACAAAACUAACUCUGCAGGAAACUGUAAACCUUCCUGUCCUAAUUCAACCAAAUAUCAAUAGUCAACAAAGUGCCGCUUUAACGCACGCAUUUGGUGGUGACCGUUCAAACUACACGAGGGCUGUUUUAUGGCCGGAUUUUGUACUGUAUUUCUUCAAAGAAUCUGCCAUUGUGUUCAAUUUCUAUUAUUUUAUUAUGUUUGUAUUUUUAUUUGAACAACAUUGUGUUUUUCUAUACUAUUUUUUUCUUGGAAUUGAAAAUAAAAGAAAGUAAUAUAGUG